CGGCCCGCCGGGACCGAGCCACGGCGGCCGAGCCUCCGGAGCGCGGGUCGCGGACCCGGGCUGGCCAGCACUCUGGUGGCGCGCUCAGCCGCGGCCAAACUCGUAGCCCUUGAUGCUUUCUCUUCCCCCGAGCUCCGGUUCCAGAGUUCAAGUCUCCGUUAAUAAUUCCGGAGCGGAGGGGAGAGGAGCGGACGUUCGCUAGAGGGGAGCGAGCCGCCCUCGGUCCAGCUCCGCAACGCCGCGUCCCACACGGACCCGUGCGCUCCACGGACGGAGAUGCUUCGGCCGCUUCCCCGCCCGUCCGAAUGCCGAAGGUGUCACGGCGUAGAGGGACCAGCUAAACCUGAAACUUUGAACAGAAACUGUGAUAAGCAAAUGUUGAGAGGCACCCCUUGGUCAACUUGAUUCUUCAAGGAACAGAACAAGAAGCAUGAAAAGUCGUGUCAUUUGUCAGCAGCUCUGCUGGGCGAGGACUCCGAAAUCAGCCAGGACCAGCUGUACGAGCUGCUGAAAUACGCAGCUCUGGGGAAAUGCCACAGCGCAGCACAGCCCAGCUGGUGCCGUAUUUAUCACCAAAGCCACCUGGCUGGGGUUGUGGUUGUUGUUCUACACGAAAUGAGCCAACUCCAUUUCUACAGAUUCUAUUUACAGUUCAAACACCUCAGGAAAGUGUUCCGCCAUAGAUUCACAUUAGCACCUUCUGCUAACUUCCCAGUCAGCCUGUAUGGAGAAGGAACAAACCUGAAAUCUCAAAACACUCCACAAGGCUUGACUUCCACCAGCAGUGAAUGCAUUACUAAAAGCUCAAACUUGCAAUGUGAUCCCAUCAUUCAGAGAUAUGGAGAAAAAAAACAAGGCCUUACAAGCUAUACUCUAACUUUAGAAGAGCAGAAAAAAAAUGACUAUCCCAUAGAAGGUUCCCCUGGAUGCAAGGGCUACAUCUCCACAGAGUGUGAUCAGCAGAGGACAGACAGCAGCCCCCUCUUUGGUCUGGAUUGUGAAAUGUGCCUGACUGCAAAGGGGAACGAAGUCACCCGUGUGUCUUUGGUGGAUGCACGGGGUCAGUGCCUCCUGAAUGAGCUGGUCAAACCUGAGAGCACAGUGGUGAACUACCGCACCAGAUUCUCAGGAAUCACAAAGAAAAUGCUUCUUCCAGUGAAGACAAGACUGUCAGACAUCCAAACCAGGCUAAAAAAAAUGCUUCCCCAUGAUGCAGUAUUGGUGGGUCAUUCUUUAAAUUCUGAUCUUCAGGCUUUGGAAAUGAUCCACCCCAGUGUUAUUGAUACUUCACUGCUUUUUGCCAGAAGUGAAGGUCGAAGAUUUAAGCUAAAAUUUCUAGCCAAAGCUGUUUUAGGGAAGGAGAUUCAGUGUGAACAGAAGCUGGGGCAUGAUCCUACAGAAGAUGCUAGAGCUGCAUUGGAGUUAGCUCAAUUCUUCAUUGAACAAGGACCAACAAAGGUAGCAGAACUAAACUUGGAGAUGCUUCUGACAGCUGAAAAACUGGCUGAGGUCUCACAGAACAAAGCUGUGCUACAGCCACAAGGAUGUGGGUUCCAGGAACAGCUGAAUGAGCCUCCACCAUUAUCCAAACCAUGUUUUUUAGAUUGUCUGCAGAUGACUGGCCAAAAAACCCUCCUUUUGGGCAAAGAGGGAUUAGACUCUUCUGGCCUGUGUCAAAGUAACCCGAGCACUUCAAACAAACAGAUCCUUCAGAGAGCCUUGGAAGAUGUUCCCCUGUCCAAAUUCAGUAUCAUUCAGUUCAGUUUGGGUCCAGAGUACCUUGCAUCUCACCUUCAUGCUGGACUUCAUGAAAAGGUGAGAAGCAAGCUGACUGACAUGCUGACAAUUUACGCAGGUCCUUUUGAAGAAAACUUUUGCAUGAAGUCUGUGAAGAAAGAAUUUGGGAGGUGUGGACCAAUCCAGUCCCUUACAGUGGUAACUGAAACAUUCCAGCCAUAUGUCUGUAUCCAAUACGAAGUGCUGGAAGCUGCCCAGCUUGCUGUGGAAAGCCUGAAUGGAGCUGAGGUAGCAGGAUCCUGCAUUAAGGUCCAGAGACCAGUCACUGCAGCAAUGCUGGACUGCAAUGUUCUGAUUAAGGAAUUAGAACUGGAUGUAGAAAAUGAAGGUGUGAUUUAUGUGGCUGGUCUAAAGAAGUCAUUAACAGAGACAGACUUGCAAGAAGAAUUCAGCCAGUUGAAAGACCUGGAAACACUGUUCCUGCCAAAGGAUCUUCAGAGUGGAAAGCAUAGGAACUGCUGUUUCCUCAAAUUCCAGAAAACCCAGAGUGCUGUGGAUGCCCUUGAAGCUAUAAAUGGAUGGACCAUGAAGGGUAGCAAGCUAAGAAGUAGGAAUGCCCUUGCUCCAGGACACCUCUGGAGAUGGAUUUGGCAAAUGAAUCACAGCAAUGGGAAGCAAGGAAAGCACAUCUUCUAUGAGAAAAUGGAGCAGCUGUCUGACUCUGAGCAGGACUUAAGGAAAAAGGUGAAGAAGUUAGACCACCAUAUCAAAAAGCUUUAUAGGAGCCUGCAGAAUAACACCCUGUGCAUUGUUCUCUUUCCUGGAGCGAACAGCACACAAGGAUCACAAUCCGGCCUUGGUCUGAUGGGAAUAAAACAUGAUGAAGGGAGGAGUGCUUGUUAAACUGCCAAGUUUUUAAGCAAAGUCUUUUGUUAAGAUAUUUUUAAUUACUUUAAAUAUUGAUGUCUUUGUAAAGAUCUCUUACCAUAAAAACAAUAGGCUUUCACUCUGUAUCUUCCACAACGUCUAAAAAUAAAAGCCAUUCAAAGUGU